GCGGGCCGGGGGUGCGAGAGGCAUGGUGCUGUCCGUGCCCAUCAUCGCCCUGGGCGCCACCCUGGGCACCGCCACCAGCCUGCUGGCCCUCUGUGGCUUCACCUGCUUGUGCAGGCACAUGCACCCCAAGGACGGGGGCUCCGAAAAACAGCCCGACGACCAGGAGAAGCCCAAGCCCAGCGUGCUGCAGCCCGGACAGCCGUUCAAUGUUAAAAAAUCGACAGAACCUGUGCAGCCUCGGGCCCUCCUGAAGUUCCCUGAUAUCUAUGGGCCAAAGCCAGCAGUAACUGCUCCAGAGGUCAUCAACUACACCGAUUACAGCCUGAAAGUUGCCGAGGAGGCCACUCCCGUCAGCAUCCCAGCCCUGAAUGAUAGCCGGCUCAAGCGGCAGGUCACAGAGGAGCUGUUCAUCCUUCCUCAGAAUGGUGUGGUGGAAGAUGUGUGCGUCAUUGAGACGUGGAACCCCGAGAAAGCUGCCAGCUGGAACCAGGCACCUAAGCUCCACUACACCCUGACCUAUGACCGACAGAAGGCCAAGCUCUCUGUGUCUCUCCUGGAAGCAGUGACGGGGAACCAGGACGCGGGGUGCGACUGCUACAUCCAGGGACGCGUGACGAGCAGGACGGGCACCACCGAGGCCCAGACGGUGUUGAAGAAGAGGCUGCCGCGCACGGUCUGGGAGGAAGCCCUCGUGUUCCCCCUGGCCGAGGAGGAACUCGCCGCCGCUAUCCUGACCUUGACCCUGAGGAACUGCGACAGGUUCUCCCGGCACAGCGUGGCUGGGGAAAUGAAGCUCAGCCUGGCCGGCCCGGGGGUGUCCUGGGGAGUUGCCCAGUGCGGAGAGCUGAAGACCUCUGAGAAGGAGCUGGCAGCUGGAACUGGUGAAGUUCUGCUCUCUAUCAGCUACCUCCCGGCAGCCAACCGCCUCCUUGUAGUGUUGAUAAAAGCCAAGAAUCUGCACUCUAACCAGUCAAAAGAUCUCCUGGGGAAAGAUGUGUCAGUCAAGGUGAUGCUGAAGCACCAGGCCUUGAAGCUGAAGAAGAAGCAGACAAAACGGGCCAAGCAUAAGAUCAAUCCGGUGUGGAACGAGAUGAUCAUGUUCGAGGUGCCCCAGGACCUGCUGCGGGCCUCCAGUGUGGAGCUGGAGAUGCUCGGUCAGGACGAAGCCGGGCAGACCCUCGUGCUGGGCCGCUGCAGCCUGGGCCUCCACGCUUCGGGCUCCAUGCUCAGCCACUGGGAGGAGAUGCUGAAGAACCCCCGCAGGCAGAUCGCCAUGUGGCACCCGCUCCACCCAUAGACCAGGGCUGAGCUGCUGCUGCCGCCGCCGCCAUCGGGUAUUAGAAAGAAUCCUUUCCCCUCCCCGACUGCCUUCCUCUGUCCCUCCCUUGACCAACCUUCCCUGUGCUUCCCUUUCCCUAUCCUCCCCCAGUCACUCCCGCAACCAUCCUCCAGCUCAUUCCUUGAUUGGAGAUUUGAAAGACCGUACUGGGGUACUCACAUUCAGCAAUACAAAGCCUCCACUCUCACUGCCACACGGAGAGGUUGUUCAGAGCGAGGAAAGUGUUGUGGAUAAGUCACCGUAUAGAGAUUUAGUCGGAGAUGUCCCCUGCUCCCUCUGCCUUGUUGCCCUCCAUGCCCUAGUGAUAACAAGACUGACUAGGGGGAGAGAGCGUCAUGGUGCAGUGCAAACUACUAGCUCUAGCAUCGAUUUCUGCACACAGUUUCUUGGUCCUGAAGUCUCAGGGCAAAUGUGUACUUGAUGGGAGACUCCUUCACCAACACUCCCUAUGCUAACUUACUGUUCUAAUUUAUUAGGGAAAUAGCAAGUUUGGAAUGGAAAUUUAUCCAACAUCUUUAGCCGCAUCCUCAAAAAGCUUCUGAUACAUUACCCUCCGGAGGGUGUUCCCCUUGCUCUGGAAGAGUGGCCUGCUUGAAAAAGGAAACUGGUCCAUUUGAAAGAGCCCCCUUUUUCUCAUUUCAAAACUUACCCCUGGAAUGGCAUUUACGCAGAGAGGCGAUAUGAUCUAGAAGAUAAAAUUUUCUCCAGAAGUCAGGCCCCCUGUCAUUGGCUCUUAAUUCACUGAAUGAUACUGGGCAAAUAACUUCAGCUCUCUGUGCUUCAGUCUUGCCAUCUCUACAAGGGAGUGGUCAAUACAGGCCCCCAGUUUAGGUCCAAGAUAAAUAAGGCCGUUUAUAUUGUCCUUGGAGUCCCUGGAGAAAGGUAUUCUGUUAAUUGAAUAGAUUACAUUUCUCAAGAACAUUGCAGAGAAAUCUAGUUUUAAGAGGUUUCCAGCAAACAUUUGGUGGUCCGGCGGGGAGAUACAGAUAAGUGGUCAAGCAUUCAUAUUAAAACCUAUUUAUUGAGUGCUUACUGUGUGCAGAGCCUGUACCAAGUGCUUAGGAGAGUACAAUAUAACAGAGUUG